ACGCAAAGAGCUGUACUAUUAUAGCUGUCGAAAGAUACAUUCAUUCGGCAACAGCGGCCAGCUUGGGAGGCUGCGCAGCAGAUAGGUUACCUACAUCAAAGGAUAUGCGAAGACAUCUGCGCUGACUAGGAAGUUGGAGCCAAGCUCAAAAUCGUCUCGGGGCGGACCUGCUGCGCCCCGAGGGGAAAUUGGCGGUGACUGGGGGCGGCUCCUCUGAGUUCUGGAUAAGAGGCUGUGGUCUUUUGAUUGCGCAAGCACUUUGCAUCUGCUGAAUUAUUGAAAAGUUGGUUCUUCAACAAUGCUCACCCUAGCAGACAUUCAUAAGGCCAGGAUUGUCGGCGAUGGCGAAGAGAUUGUCCUUCUUGGACAUGGCUUUGGCACAGACCAGACCGUGUGGCACAAUCUGGAGCCCCUCCUGCUACGGCGUCGCUUCCGAGUCAUGCUCUACAACCUGAUGGGCCAGGGGACAGGUGUCCCCACCGGCUUCUCCAGCACAUCUCUCGGCCACUCAGCAAACUCGAGGGUUUCGGUGGACAGCAAUGGCUCGGACAGCCCCAAAGCGACGGGCAAGAAAGCCACCGCAAUCGAGCGCGCGACCUCGGACGUGGCGAACGAGGAGUUUGAGCGGGAGCUCAAGGCGUUGCAGCUGUCGCAGCACGGUGGGGCCGGCGAGAGCCGACGGGGGAUGUUUGGGAGGAAGAUCAACGAGUCGUUCAGCCGGCUGUUCACACGGAGCAAAAAGAAGAGCAAGGCCGGGGAAACGGCGGUGAGCGAGAAAACGCAUGAGGAGGAACCGGUCGAGUUGCACCCGGAGGAGAGCGCCAACGGGGCAGCGUCCAAAGAUCCGGAGUUCUCAGGGAGGCGGGAUUUCAAGAUUGAGGAUCUUGACAGGGAGGGAGACGAGCGGCCUGAGCGGAUAGACGAGGAGGAAACGGAAGGGAUCGUGUCGGCCGAGGACUUCAACCAUUCUCGGUACACCACACUGGACGCGUUUGCGGAGGACUUGAUUAAUCUUAUGGACGAGAUGGGGGUGAAGCAGUGCAUCUAUGUGGGGCACUCGGUGUCGGGCAUGAUUGGGCUGGUGGCGAGUGUCAGGCGGCCGGACCUAUUCAAGAAGCUCGUGCUGCUGACGAGCUCCCCGAGAUAUCUCAACGACGGCGACUACGUGGGUGGAUUCCAGGACGAGGACAUCGAUAACCUGCUGGCGUCGAUCAAGACCAACUACAAGGCGUGGGUCCAGGGUUUUGCACCGGUGGCCAUUCACACUCCCGACAACGAGGCGGUGGCGGAUUACGCGGCGGGGCUACUGGACGUGCGGCCCGAUGUGGCGUACUGCAUACUGAGUACCAUCUUCCGGUCGGACUACCGGCACCUCCUGCCCGAGGUGUCGGUACCGUGCCACGUGUUGGUGAGCAACAACGACGUGGCGGUCCCGCUCGGUGUGGGCGAAUACAUGCACAAGCACCUGCCCAACAGCGCUCUGGAGGUCCUGUCUACCCACGGGCAUCUGCCGCACCUGAGCUCCCCCAUGCUUGUGAACGCGGCCCUCAUCAAGCAUAUCGAGCAAUUACCUUAGGAGGGCGCACAGUCUGUUGAGCUCGACGGUCAAGCCCCGACAGCUACUCCAGAGCAGUUUUGCAUCCAAAGUGCUGCCAGAAAUGGCCGUGCAUGCUGUACGAGGCCGUUGAAUGGACAGGUCUUUGGCCAUGGAGUUCUUACUAAAUUGAUAGCUUGACAUCAAGCAGCGAAGGCACUAAAAUUGCGGGAGAUUGUGAGCUGUCAGUAUACCCUGCUGUAAUCGCUGAAUGGAAGGAAGCGUUUGAGUAUUUGUAAGCUAUAGGUCGCGGUUUCCAAUAAUGUUGUUGAGGGAUGUACUAACGUCUAGACUUGUCAGUCUCAGGAAUAGGCAUGAUCUACCUGCGAGCGAGCGCCGCAAGACCCAUUAGCCAACCAUUAGAACGAAAACAGUUUGAAACCGCUAAAAAGCAGUAAGUUCUGAAUAGUUGAGACGACGAUGGCCGGCAUCCACACACAGACACGUAGACAGUGUGACUAUUUAUCCAUUAUUAUGAAGCCGCUGGACCGGCAUAUAAAAUUGUUUGUUAGUUUAUUUGACUGUGCAUUUGCAAAGUAUGAGGACAUUGCAC